UGCCCAUGAAUGCCACAUAUCAGUGCCCAUCAGAGUUGCCUUUUAGUGCCAACUAUCAGUGCUGCCUAUCAGUGCCAGUCAGUGUCACCUAUCAGUGCCGCCAAUCAGUGCCACCUAUCAGUGCCAGUCAGUGCUGCUUAUCAAUGCCAGUUAGUGCCGCCUAUCAGUGCCCAUCAUCAGUGCCGCCUGUCAGUGCCACCUAUCAGUGCCAGUCAGUGCCAUCUAUCAGUGCCAUAUAUAAGUGCUGCCUUUCAGUGCCCACCAGUGAU